AUUCACCACUAACCACAACCUUCUUCUCGCCAUUAAUGGUUGAAAUCUCUGUAUCUGGCUCUCAUCUUUAUAAAUUCACCAUGUCGACACCCCUGUCAGAAAUCAUUUCACCCAAAACACAACCAAAAAACCCAUUAAAUUUCUUGUAGGGUUUUCAAUUUUUCGUGUUUUGCGAGACCUCUGAAACCCACAUUUCUUCUUCUUUCGCCUUUCGUUUCACGAUUAUUCUUCUUCGUAUCAAUUGAAUCGCUAGAAGUUGGUGUUUUGAUGAUUUGAUCGGAACAUUCGUUGAAGAAACUCGGGGAAGAUGGAAAUGGAGAUGGAGAACGUGAAUGAGAAUGCGAAUGCUGUGAAGAGGCUACCGCCAUGGACGGCGCACAUAACAUGUCGAGGAGUGGUAGCGAGUACAGUGAUCGGUGUUGUGUACAGUGUGAUAGUGACGAAGCUUAAUCUCACGACUGGCCUCGUACCCAAUCUCAACGUUUCCGCAGCUCUAUUAGCUUUCGUCUUCAUCAAAACAUGGACCAAAUUGAUUCACAAAGCUGGAUUCGUUACUACGCCAUUCACUAGACAAGAGAACACCAUCAUUCAAACUUGUGCUGUUGCUUGUUACAGCAUUGCUGUUGGAGGUGGAUUUGGGUCUUAUCUAUUGGGAUUAAACAAGAGGACAUAUGAGGAAGCUGGUGUUGAUGUGGAUGGGAAUUCACCAGGGAGCUAUAAAGAACCUGGGGUUGGCUGGAUGACUGGUUUUCUGUUUGUUACUAGUUUUGUUGGUCUUUUGGCUUUGGUUCCUCUAAGAAAGAUUAUGAUCAUAGACUAUAAGUUAACAUAUCCGAGUGGAACAGCUACUGCAGUUCUCAUCAAUGGCUUUCACACUCCAAAGGGGGACAAGAUGGCUAAAAAGCAAGUUGUUGGGUUCACAAAAUUCUUCUCAAUGAGUUUCAUGUGGGCAUGUUUUCAAUGGUUUUAUUCUGGUUCGGGUACAUGUGGGUUCACCUUUUUCCCUACUUUCGGGUUGAAAGCCUUCAAGAACUCGUUUUAUUUUGAUUUUAGUAUGACAUACAUAGGAGCAGGAAUGAUAUGUUCACAUCUUGUGAACUUGUCAUUGCUAGCAGGAGCUGUGCUUUCUUAUGGUAUUAUGUGGCCACUCAUUGGUGAUCGCAAAGGUUCUUGGUUUCCUCCAAAUUUACCACAGAGUAGCAUGAAAGGUCUAAAUGGCUACAAGGUUUUCAUAUCGAUUGCUCUUAUCUUAGGGGAUGGGCUGUACAAUUUUCUCAAGAUUGCAUUGUUCACAGCAAGAACCAUAUAUCUCAAAUCUAGGAAGAACCCUAGAACAAAUCCAGAUGAUGUGAAUCAACCGCAAGAUGAUUCCGAGUUAAACGAGGUGUUCUUAAGAGAAAGCAUUCCAUUCUGGGUAGCAGCUACUGGUUACCUAAUCUUCUCCGUUGUUUCCAUAAUUGUAAUUCCAUUGAUGUUCCCAGAGCUGAAAUGGUAUUAUGUUCUUGUUGCUUACAUCAUCGCACCAUCUCUCGGGUUCUGUAACGCGUAUGGUGCUGGUCUAACAGACAUGAACAUGGCGUAUAAUUACGGAAAAGUCGCCCUAUUUGUCCUCUCUGCGAUGUCCGGGAAAAACAAUGGUGUUGUUGCAGGACUCGUGGGAUGCGGAUUGAUAAAGUCGAUUGUUUCAAUUUCGUCUGAUUUGAUGCACGAUUUCAAAACCGGACAUCUGACUUUGACUUCGCCACGAUCAAUGCUGGCUAGUCAAGCAAUCGGAACUGCAAUUGGAUGCGUAGUGGCGCCUCUUACGUUCUUUUUGUUUUACAAAGCGUUCGACAUUGGAAACCCUAACGGAGAAUAUAAAGCGCCUUACGCGAUUGUGUACAGAAACAUGGCGAUUUUGGGGGUGGAAGGUUUUUCAGCGUUACCUAAUCAUUGUUUGCAGCUUUGUUACUUGUUCUUUGGGUUUGCUAUGGUGGCGAAUUUGUUGAGAGAUGUUUUUCCGGAGAAGAUGGGGAAGUGGAUUCCUUUACCCAUGGCUAUGGCAGUGCCUUUUCUUGUUGGUGGUUAUUUUGCCAUUGAUAUGUGUGUUGGGAGUUUGAUUGUGUUUGUAUGGAGAAAGGUUAAUAAGCAGAAAGCGAACCUGAUGGUUCCUGCUGUUGCUUCUGGUUUGAUUUGUGGAGAUGGGUUGUGGAUUCUUCCUUCAUCGGUUCUUGCUUUAGCUGGAAUCAAGCCUCCUAUCUGUAUGAACUUUUUGCCUACAAAACCAAAUUAGGGUUUAUGUUAGAAGAGUAUCAAUAAUCUGUAGCAGUUCUGUCGUAUAUAUAGACUAGAUGAUAGUAGAUAGCAACAAAGUUAUAUAUGCAAUAUCGGAUUUCCAUUAAAAGUUUAUUUAACAAAACUUAAACUAUUGAAGUAACAA